CGGGUCUUGGGCCUCGCGGCCCCUCUUCCUUCUCCCCUUACCGGGGUUCAGAUCUUGGCCGGAUCACUGCGUGCCUCUCUCGCCCCGCCUUUUGUGGUCCCCUGUGGGUUUCGCUCUGAUACCCAGGCAGCCCCGGCACUUGGCCUAGCCCCGACUUCACUGGGCCAGCCUAGUCCUGGACCCUCGCUCCUCGCCUUCACGUCUGAAGCCUCCUACUUGCCCUGCCCUGGGGAACCUUCGGCGUGGGCCAGGCCCCGACUAAUCUGUUUAGUCUUUCUUAGCCUCGCCGGGUGAAGAGGCGGUUGACUCAGCCCAGGCCUUUCACAUCCUGGUGUCAUUGUCCUGUAUCUUGUGAAGGGGAAGGAGGGGGGAGAUUGGCACCGCGAAAUGGAAAGGGAGGUUCGGGGUCGGAAUGUUGCCCGAACCCGGAGGGUGGCCAGACUUUGGUUUCUACGAUGCCCUUUGAUGAAGAACUAACGGAUUUUCUGACUGGAGCUCCGUCAGGAUAGACGGGGCAGUGUAGCAAGUUGAAAAGCAAGACCUCUGGAAUGGAUGGACUCUUCCCGAGCAGCUUGGCUAAUUUGCAGCAGCUGGACAAUGUUCCUCUUUAAUAUCUGUCUGUCAGCAUAACCAUCACAUCGUUUCACUUUGGUGGCAGGGACUCACAACUCCGAAUUCUGUAUAGAAAAGCACCUGGAUCCCAGUCUUACAAUGGCUUCAAGACAACCAGAAGUGCCUGCUCUUGAGCCUAGUGGGCCUCUAGGCAAGAUGUCCCUGCCCAUCGGGAUGUACCGCCGGGCAUUCAGCUAUGAUGAUGCCCUCGAGGACCCUGCGCCCAUGACUCCUCCUCCAUCGGACAUGGGCAGCAUCCCCUGGAAGCCAGUGAUUCCAGAGCGCAAGUAUCAGCACCUCGCCAAGGUGGAGGAAGGGGAUGCCAGCGCCUCCUCCCCUGCUGUACCCCUGCCACCGGCCACUGACAGUGCAGACAAGGUCCCUGUGGUGAAGGCUAAAGCUACCCAUGUCAUCAUGAGUUCUCUGAUCACAAAACAGACCCAAGAGAGCAUUCAGCGUUUUGAGCAACAGGCAGGGCUGAGAGAUGCUGGCUACACACCCCACAAGGGCCUUACCACCGAGGAGACCAACUACCUUCGAGUGGCAGAAGCGCUCCACAAACUAAAGCUGCAGAGUGGAGAGAUAACAAGAGAGGAGAAGCAGCCGGCCUCCACCCAGUCCACCCCAAGCAGCAGCCCUCACUCUUCCCCAAAGCAGAAGUCCCGAGGCUGGUUCACUUCUGGUUCUUCCAUAGCCUUACCUGGUCCCAAUCUUAGCGCCAUGGAUUCUGGAAGCGGGGAUAAAGACAGAAGCUCAGCAGAUAAGUGGGGUCUCUUUGCACCAAGAUCCCUCCAGAAGUCGGAUUCAGGAAGUUUUGCCACUCAGGUGUACAGAGGAGCCCAGAAACCUUCUCCAAUGGAACUGAUUCGUGUGCAGGCCACCCGAAUGGCUGAGGACCCAGCAACAUUCCAGCCGCCCAAGAUGGACAUCCCAGUGAUAGAAGGGAAGAAACAGCUGCCUCGGACCCACAAUCUCAAACCCCGGGACUUGAAUGUUCUCACGCCCACUGGCUUCUAGAGCCAUCUGUUCCAGGGACUCUGGCUAGAGCGUGUUUUGCGCCCCGCUCCCUUUACCUUGGCUCUGACAUAGGAAAGGUUUUGUUUUGUCUUUUUAAAAAUCUCUCAAAUGGAGGCUGGAGCUGGAGACAUAAUUGGUCUUUGAGAAACAUUGUGCAAAGCUUGUCCUUGUGUGGAAGAAGCCAUCUCGUAUCGCUUUAGUGUAGACAAAAUAAUGUCAGCAGGUGUACGGGGACCUCGUUACUUAUUUUUGGUAUCCUUUAUAUACACAGAACAAAUGAUGUUUGUGUUGGUCCAAAACCAAGGCUUCUUGAUUCCUUUGCCACACUCCAUGUGAGCAUGGACACAUGGGGGCCUUCACUGACUAGGGUAGACGACUUUGGCCUUCCUGGCUGUGCUGGCACUGUGUGCUCCAGCCUUGCUAGUGAGGGGGACCCGAGAUCUGUUGAGGUCUGAGUACACUUAAGAGGGAGACUUGGCAGGGAUCCUCUUUUCUGAGCUGAAACUGGAGUCUGUGCUUUUAGGAAGAUGCUGAGGAUCACGUGGUUCUGUGGCCAGUACCUAGUGCAGUAGCUCUUAGGCCAGUGCUGUUGGAGGGAUGCUUCUCUUUUAUGUGUCACUGAACAAAACGCUAGUCCUAUAUCCUUUGUUGCACUUUAAGGUGAGAUUAGUUUAACUCAUUUGGUCGAAGACUUCCUAAGGGAGAAAAUUCAGUCUACUGGUUUGGUAAUAGAUAGAUGGGUAUUAAACUUUCUGCAAACUAUUGCCUUUGGAAGCAAACUGUUGCCUUUGGAAUAGAUAAGCAAUGAGAUCUUGCUGUGUAGCACUGGGAU